AUGGAAGUUGCUGCCUGGGUGAGCUAUGGCCCUUUUCUUAUUUUUGAUUUGAGAAGAGCUAUUCAUCAUGAUUGGACAUUUCAUUUCACUUUUCAUAUAUUUUUACUAGCUAGCGCCACUUACUUUUUAGUUUAGGAGUCCUUUUUUCAAAAUCCCAACGAAUAGCUGAGCAAUUAAAAUGAUCUGGAAUUAAAAAUUCUACUAGCAGAAGUAAUCAUUUCAAUAGUAUUUUUAGCUUUGGUCAUGCUUAAACCCAAGGAUUUUCCUUACUCUAAGAAAAUAAAGAAAUUAACAGAGUCGUUUAUCCCUAAGUAUUAGUCAUCUAAUCUAUUAUCACCAAGUAGUUAGUCUAAAAAAGACUAGUAAAUAAAUAACUUUGGAUCAACGACAGCUCGACCAAAGGAACAGAUAACUUACAAUAUAUCUUCAAAAAUUAUCUCUUUCAAGAUCAUAGAUGGCAAGUUGUUGUUCUAACUGGUCACAAAAAUAAAUUAAAGGCCAGUGAAAAAAAUCAAUAGGAGUCUGGAAGAAUUUGAAAAAGUUGGUAUAGAGCUAGACUUCCCAAUUGCUAGACUUAGUAUUACAGAGCAAAUAAACUAGUUUAAUAUAGUUAUGUAAGAGCUUGACCAUUAAUUACAAGUCAAGCUAUUAAAUGAAAGAAUGACAAAUGAAUUCUUAAAUUUCUUGGGAGUUCCUUUCUUUAAUUAGCAAAAAAUAAUAGAAUUUCACAAUCACCAACUAAGUCUCAUGCAAUUGUAUAGGAAUGAACUAACAUAACAUAAGAAAGUGAAGAAUACUCUGCUAUUUCUAUUUACUCAAAAGCGAUUUGAAGUCUCAGCUAUUGAAGUAAUAGACGAUUAAGGCUAUAAUAUCAGGAUACUCAAAGACAUAAUAUUUAUUCAAUACUUUGAAACCUAUAAACUGAUAAACUUAGAUCAAAUCAAAGAUGAAUAUGAAGAAAUUCUAAAUGAUUUGAGGUUAUUUAAAGAUAAUCAAUACCUGUUUCAUGACACAAAUAUUUAUGAGAAGUUAACUGAUAUACAAGAAUGUCUGAUUAAUAACAAAGAUUUGCUAUAUUCUUGCAUCAAGGUUUUUAGCAUCAAGUAGUUAGGGAUCUUUGAUGAAAUCGCUCAUCUUGAGAUUACUAUCAAUGUUGAAUUUCAAGAUAUUAAAAUAGAGAAAGCAUAUAGCGUCAGACUUGAUGCUGUGAAGCAAAUCUAAUUAAUAUAAGUCUUCAAACUCCACAUAGACAAUAUGUAUGCAGGAGAUUUAAGUUUUGAGGAAUGUGUAUCAAUCAUAUAGGAUAAUCCCUUGCGGUAUUUGAAUUCAUUUUAAAUCAGAAAUCUGCUUGAAAUAGAUCAUAGAGACUACAUGUAUGAAAACGUGAGUUCGUUUAUUAUGCUUUAGAAGUAGUUGAAAGAUAAGCAAGAGACUUUACACAAUAAGUCUAGAUCGUCUUCAUCCUCAAACAAGUUUUACUUAUACGAAGAGCAAGAUGAUGAAGAGGAGGAAUAAGAUCUUAGAUUGGGUAGAAAAAUAUAAGAAGAUGAUGAAAGUAUGUUUGAUUUAAAAAGAGUUCAGGCUGAUUAAAAUAACCUCAGUGAUAUUAAUCCCAAAAAUAAUGAUUACUAAAUUAACUUCAGAUACUUUUGA